AAUUCUUUAUUGUAUAGCAGUUAGGGAUGAGGAAUUUUAAGAUGGAGUUAGGUGAAGGUUUUACGAAGGAAGUUAAUAGUUAGCUUCAGCCUAGUCAGCCUCUUAUAACACAUUACAGCUGCUAACAUGACGAAGACUGUAGCCUGGAACGUGGCUGGUUAUGUGAGCUGGAGCUCUGUGGGCUAUUGACAGGAUGAAACUAGAUUCCUAAUACUUCAUCAUCGAAUAUACAGUAGAAUACACCACACAAUAUGGCCUGUGUCGAGCAGGUGGCAGCAGUAGGACAGGUUCUGGUGGACCCAGGACUGGACCUUACCCGGCGGUUCAGAGCCUUAUUCACACUGAAGAACCUGGGAGGUGCUGAAGCUAUAGAAUGGAUCAGUAAGGCCUUUACUGAUGAGUCUGCCCUGCUGAAGCAUGAGCUGGCCUACUGCCUGGGACAGAUGCAGGACAGACGGGCCAUACCCACUUUAAGUGCUGUACUCAAAGAUACACAGCAGGAACCGAUGGUCAGGCAUGAAGCAGGGGAGGCUCUGGGAGCAAUUGGUGAUCCUGUGGUUCUGGACCUACUGAAAGAGUACAGUCAGGAUCCUGUCAUAGAGGUUGCAGAGACUUGUCAGUUGGCUGUUCGUCGGUUGGAGUGGCUGCAGAGUGGAGGAGAGAAACAGUUGGAUGAUGCAAGUACAGAUAAGAACCCCUACUGCUCUGUAGACCCGGCCCCUCCAGCAGUAAGGAAGAGUGUGUCAGAGCUCCGCUCCAGCCUGUUGGAUGAGAGUCUGCCACUCUUUGAACGUUACCGCGCCAUGUUUGCCCUGCGUAACCUGGGUAACGAGGAGGCUGUGCUGGCAUUGGGAGAUGGCCUCCAGGCCUCCAGUGCUCUGUUCCGUCAUGAGAUCGGCUAUGUCCUGGGUCAGAUGCAGCACCCGGCAGCAGUCCCAGCCCUGCGUGCAGCUCUGGAGCGUUCUGGCGAGAACCCCAUGGUUAGACAUGAGGCGGCAGAGGCUCUUGGCGCCAUUGGCAAAGAGGAAUGUCGGGCUGUGCUGCAGCGUUACCGUGGAGACGGAGAACGUGUCGUCAAGGAGAGCUGUGAGGUCGCUCUGGAUAUGCUUGAGUACGAAAACGGUGACCAGUUCCAGUAUGCAGAUGGACUGGUCAGGUUACAGGGUUAAAGGUCAUUGUCACAACUGAAGGGGCUUUCACUCAAAUCUCCAUUUUAACACUUUUACUCUCUGUGUUAUUGUAUUACCUUAUACAGCAGGACACUUCAGUGCUAUGUCAAUAAAACUAUUGGAUCCUCUGGGAUGAAGCUUUAUAAAAUGAAAAAUACUUGGCACCCAAAAUCAAAAAUGAAACUGUAAAAGCCCAAACAAACCGGACAGGACUUGGUGAGCUGCAGGAGUGAGCUCUUAGAUUUUGGGGGUGUGGGUGUUGCUGUGUAGGGGGACAGGGAGGAGCAAAGUAGUUCUUUGUGUUCUUUCCCCCUCCAAGAUACCACUGCAUUCAGAUACAGCAAAUUUGCAAUAUAUGUUCUGUAUGCUUUUUUUCCCAUCACACAGCCAAUGACAAUAGACUGUAACACACAGCAUAUUGUAUCUGUGUUUGAGGAGUGUGUAACAGCUCAGGGCUGAUUUCACAAUUAACCUGGAAGUGUAUUUUUAAAUUAUUUUCCUGCGGGCCAUAUAAUUCUUUUCUGCUAUCAUUUGGAAUUUUGUGGAAACUACAGCACAUUCACAUUCUCCGGUCAGUUUUGGGCUGAAGGUCGAAGACCUGACAGACAGUUUGAUUAUUUCUGUUUAAGGGCUUUUCCUCUGAAGGCAUGUUUCUUUGUUAUUCCUUAUUUCCUCUUAUUUUUGUCUGGCAACUGUAUGUGAUCAUACAGUCCAAUAGAAUGGAGAUGAGGCAGCACCAAAUGGACUGGUUCUAUAUUUAAGAAAUGGUUCUGAUCCAGGCGGCGCUACAGUUGAUCAGGCCUGAUGUCAGUUCAUUCUGCUAUAGCUAAUUAAGAGAAGACUUCUCUGUUGUGGAUUUACAGUAUGUCGGGAGGUAUACUGCCCUCAUUGUAGGGAAAGCUCAUUCCAAACUAUAAUCUGCUACAGAUAUUAACAGUGCAAAAUUGUCCUCAAUCUCUCAUGCUCCUCUGGCUGCUUUGUUACUAGAUUACUGUAGUAAACAGGUUAUAAUUUUAAUCUUUUAUCAUUUGCCAGGUGUGUACUUUAUGUAAAAUGAAAAUUAUGUAUACAUUUUUGUUGUCUGUGAUCUGUUUCACAAUAAGCCUCUUUAUCUCUUCAGUCCUAUGAUUAAGUUCACUGAACAGCAGUGUGGUAUAGAUUUUUAUUUGCACACCUAAAAACUGAUGCUUUUUCUACCUGGGGUAACUGAUUACAUGAUUGUUGUUUGUACAUAUACUUAACAGAAUACAGAUGCUUCCAUACAGGA